AUGACCUCACUCGUUUCCCGCGCCGCCGCGGCCCUCCUCGUCGCAGGCAGCGUCGUAAAUGCUGCUUUUUCUAUUGAUUCCGACUCCGCCAUAAAAGAGACAGCACGAACUCUCGCUUACGAUCUCAUGUCAUAUUACAAGGGAAAUCAAUCCGGACAGACACCAGGAAUUCUCCCUGGGCCGCCGCCCGCCGGCGACUACUACUGGUGGGAAGGAGGUGCCAUGUGGGGGACCUUGAUUGACUAUUGGAAAUUGACCGGCGACGACUCCUACAACUCGGUCGUCACGGAGGCCAUGCUGUUCCAGGUUGGCCCGAACGAGGAUUACAUGCCGCCGAAUGUCACAGCAUCUCUCGGAAACGACGAUCAGGGCUUCUGGGGCAUGUCUGCCAUGCUUGCCGCCGAGAACAACUUCCCCAACCCCGAUUCCGACAAGCCUCAGUGGUUAGCUCUGGCGCAAGCCGUCUUCAACACACAAGCGGACCCAGAACGACACGACGACACCUGCGGCGGUGGACUCCGCUGGCAGAUUCCUCUGGCAAAUAACGGUUACAACUACAAGAACAGCAUUGCAAACGGCUGCUUCUUCAAUCUGGGUGCGCGAUUGGCGCGUUACACGGGUAACCAAACGUAUGCCGACUGGGCCGACAAGACUUGGGAUUGGAUUACGGGUGUAGGUCUCAUGGAUGCCAAGUACAACAUCUAUGACGGUGGUCACGUUGAGCACAACUGUACCGAUAUCAACAAGGCUCAGUUCUCUUACAACAACGCCGUUUACCUGCUAGGCGCUGCCUACAUGUACAACUACACCAAUGGAAGCACAAAAUGGGAGGAGAGGGUCACGGGGCUCCUACAGGCCACCUUUGAUGUCUUCUUCCCCGACAACAUCGCUUACGAGGUUGCCUGCGAGGAGAAGAUGAGCUGCACGACAGACAUGCUGAGCUUUAAGGGCUAUGUCCACCGUUGGCUGUCAGUGGUUGGUCAACUCGUGCCAGGUGUCCAUGACCAAAUCAAAUCUACUCUCAAGACCUCUACUACAGCGGCGGUCGCCCAGUGCACAGGCGGAGAUAACCAGCGUACAUGUGGGUUCGGUUGGAAGUCCGGAGUUUUUGACGGCAGCGUUGGUGCCGGCCAGACCAUGAAUGUUCUAGCCGCAGUUUCGUCACUUCUCAUCGACAACGUUGCAGGGCCAGUGACAAACUCUACUGGCGGCACCAGUGUCGGCAACAAUGAUGCGGGUACGAAGUCUGACAAGUUCAACGAGAAGGCCGCACCACCCACCACAGGCGACAAGGCCGGUGCUUCUAUCCUCACAAUCUUGAUUCUCGGUUCAGCGGCAGGCAUGUUCGGAUGGAUGAGCAGCGGCAUCUAG